AAUUGGCACUAGGUUCAGUUAUUAUACGAGGACAAAAUAUGAAACUUUUUGUGGCUCUGUUGGCGCUCGUUGCCUGCGCAAAUGCCGCUGCUGUGGGCGAGGCAAUUGAUACAAAAUCAAUCUCCAGCACAGUUGUCGAUUUGAUUGAGGACUUGAAGGAGCAGAUGCCUUGCGGUUUCCCUGGACUGGGUAUUCCGCCAAUGGCGCCGCUUCGUAUCGAUCACAAGAACAUUGAUAUCGAUACGGAGGCUUUGAAAAUGAAGGGCAGCGUCGAGCAUUUCCGUCUGAAUGGCUUGAACGACUUCGAUGUCGAGGAGAUGAAGGUGAAUGCAAUCACCAGCAAAGUGAACUUCAAGUUCAACUUCCGCGAUGUCAAUGUGGACACCAAAUACGACAUGGAGCUGCUGCUGAAGAAGUACGGCUUCACCAUCAAGAUGAUCGGCGCCGGUCAUGCCAAAUUCAUGAUUAGGGAUAUGAUCAUCUGGGGCUCCAUGAAAUACUCCUUGGGCGUGCUCAAUGGCAAGCUUAAGCUCAAGACUCUCGAUGUGCGCACUCAUUUGGGCGAGGUUGAAUCUGAUAUUGAGGGUAUGCUCGGCGAUGGCACCAUCAACGAGAAGAUGAACGAAUAUCUGGCUGAGGCUGUCGAGAUGGUUAUCAAUGAGAACGAGGAUCUGAUUGCUGAGACCAUUGAGAAUGUUGCUCUGCCCGCCGUGAACAGCGUUUUGGACGAUGUGAGCAUCACCGAUAUCAUCAAUAGCGAUGGUGAGGGUGGUGAGAAGGAGGUCUGCAUUCCCCCAGAGUUGGAUUGGUAAAUAAUGUGAAAAGCUUCGUGUUUGAUUAAAAGUUUCUUUAUAACCAAAGAAUAAAAAUACAUUCAUUUUUCACUUCAAUGGAGAUAUACCAGUUCUACAAGAUCUGGAAUUCUGGUAUGUGUGAGUACAGAGCCAUAUUGUAAA